CCGCCCGGAGGGAGUGACGGCGCUGCCGUAGGACCUCUCGCUAGUGCGCGCGUUCGCCCAAGGAUGAACGCGCCACCGUCGAGCGGCCUUGCGGUAGUGCUCGAGCCCGAGCGCCUCUGUUCUUUCCCGCACGGCAUCGAGUGACUACCGGCGGUGGGAAACAGCGGCGUGACCAUGUAGGUCCAGCCGGUCCUUUUCUUCAUGCUAGGGUUAGGAUUUCGCCUACUUUGAUUUGAUUCAAAUCGAAUCCAUUCUAUUCUUCUUUUCUGUUCUCCUUCCGAUUUAAGAUUGGAUUGAUUCUGUUCUUGCAAUUAGGGUUAGGGUUUGUCGAACCAAAAACCCUCCUUUUCUUUUGAUUCUCGAACGAAUCCUUUUUGCCAUCUCGAUCUACUCUCUAGAUCGGCUUUGAUACCAUUGUUAAAAAUAUUGGAUCACUAGAAGCAAAUCGAGAGGGGUAAAGGUAGCUUUACAGAGAAGAAAAAACUUUCUGGUAGUAGCCGUCGUUGCCUGUCAUUGCGCCGCGGUUGUCUGUGGCAACGCGGUUGGAGAAGUGGUCGCAGAGGCGUGGCGACAGCUUGGCGGCGAUGGUCGUGGCAGUGGUGAUGCAGUGAAGACCGGUGAUGGUGGUGGUUGACGCAGGGACGUCCAGCGACCCUCGGUGACGUCCAGCGUCGGGGACGCCCUCGCGGUGGCGAGGACGGUGGCGUCAGUGGGCUUCCCGCCGCUGGCAGCCUCUCCCGUAGAUCGGCUAGGGUUUGGAGGUGGGGAAACAGUAGCGGCAGCGAACCUCGUGUCCUGAGCCUCUAAUCCCACCUCCACUUUAUAGGGCUGCGCGACGGGGGCCCACCAGCCUCAUCUUGGGCUGGGCGUCCCCGAUCAGGACGCGAGUCAAGGUUGGCCCAGUCGUUGGACUGGCCCGGUGGAGAUCAAUACUAACACGCUGCUGCUGGACGGCGUGCCGGGGGUGAUCAACUCCGAGAAGGGAGCGCGGCCGAACAACGGCUCAGCGCGCGGUUACGAGGUGGUGGACAAGGUCAAGGCGGCGCUGGAGGACGCCUGCCCCGGCGUCAUCUCCUGCGCCGACAUCCUCGCCAUCGCCGCCGAGAUCUCCGUCGAGCUGGUACUACAUACGGUGGCCCUAAAAACAAUAUUGCAUGAUGUGUGCAUUAUUUCAACAGGAACACGUACGCCUAUCAUCAGGCGUAUGCGGAACAAAUAAAAGAACGGUUUGUCGUGCUGCAAAAUUAGACAAAAAGACCCAUGCGCAUGUGUGCAUUAUUUCCAAACAAUGCACACAUCCAAAGUGGGGCAUCCUGCUGGGAAGACUGGACGGCCGGACGGCCAACUUCACAGGCGCAUCCAACCUGCCAUCGUCCUUCGACAACCUCACCGUACUCGAGAAGAAGUUCAGGGACGUACGCCUUAACACCGUCGACCUGGUCGCCCUCUCAGGGGCCCACACAUUUGGCCGGGCACAAUGUCAGUUCGUCACGGACCGGCUCUACAACUUCAGCGGCACGGGCCGGCCCGACCCGACCCUCAACUCCGGGUACCGGGCUUUCCUUGCCCAAAGGUGCCCACUGAACGGCAAUGGAUCGGUCCUGACCAACCUCGAUCCGACGACACCAGACACCUUCGACAAGAACUACUACACCUACCUUGAGGUGAACCGAGGCCUCCUCGACUCCGAUCAGAUCCUCAAGUCCGCGCCCGAGGCGCAGGGCGUCACGGCACCCAUCGUCGACCAGUUUGCGAGGAGCCAGGAUGCCUUCUUCAAGAGCUUUGCACACCCCUCCAUGGGGGAAAUCCGUUGCAACUGCAGGAAGGUUAACGAUGGCUGAUCGCGUGGGAGACGUGUGAUGAUCAGUUAGUUUCAGUAGUACAAGUCAAGCACCCAGCUCAUUCCUGUAAUAUGCAGCUCAUUACUUACUGAGGGACCGAAACUGGCGAUCAGAGGGGGUGAAUG